CACAAAAUAAUCAGCUCAACUUUUACAUUUCUUUACCUUUUCUUAGUUUUCUAUAGCCUUCUUCUCCUCUUCUGUGUUGCUUUUCAUCUCACCGAUCCAAUAAAAUUAAAUAAAGAAAAAUGAAGAUUUUUGUGAAGACUCUCAAGGGUACCCAUUUCGAAAUUGAAGUGAAACCUGAAGACACGGUCAUUGAUGUGAAAAAAACCAUCGAAAGUUCUCAGGGAUCUGAUAUUUAUCCUGCUGCACAACUGAUGCUUAUCCAUCAGGGAAAAGUUCUGAAAGAUGGAACAACACUGGGAGAAAAUAAUGUUGCUGAGAACAGUUUUGUUGUUGUCAUGCCAACAAAAAGUAAGAGCUCAUCAGGUGAAGGUUCAACCACAUCAACUGCACCUGCUGUGAAGGUACAACCAAAAAGUGCUGCACCUCCUACUUCAGCUCCAACAUCAACAGCACCUCAAGCUCCUGCUGCGGCACCUGCACCUGUACCCGCUCCUGCAUCCUCUCCUAUUCCUGUGCCUGCUGCUGGUGGCGUGUCGGAUGUCUAUGGCCAUGCAGCUUCCAAUUUAGUUGCUGGUAACAACCUUGAGGGUACGAUCCAGCAGAUUCUUGAUAUGGGUGGAGGAACUUGGGAUCGAGAUACAGUUGUCCGAGCUCUUCGAGCUGCUUUCAACAACCCGGAGAGAGCUGUUGAAUAUUUAUAUUCAGGUAUCCCCGAGUCAGCAGCAGUUCCACCUACAGCAAGAAGUGCACCUAGCACUCAGGCGACUAAUGUGCCUUCUCAGUCUCAGCAAACCGCACAACCUGCACCUGUACCUUCAACUGGACCCAAUGCAAAUCCUCUAGAUCUUUUCCCGCAGGGUCUUCCUACCAUGGGUUCAAAUGUUGGUGGUGCCAACACCCUGGAUUUUCUACGCAAUAGUCAGCAGUUCCAAGCCUUGCGAACGAUGGUGCAGGCCAACCCACAAAUAUUACAGCCCAUGCUUCAGGAGUUAGGAAAGCAAAAUCCUAAUUUAUUGAGGCUGAUUCAAGAGCAUCAGGCUGAUUUCCUUCGCCUUAUCAAUGAACCUGUUGAAGGCGGAGAAAGUAACAUACUAGGGCAGCUAGCUGAAGCUAUGCCACAGGCUAUUACAGUUACUCCUGAGGAACGUGAAGCCAUAGAACGGCUCGAAGCGAUGGGGUUUGAUCGAGCACUUGUUUUGGAGGUGUUCUUUGCCUGCAACAAGGAUGAAGAGCUUGCUGCGAACUACCUGUUAGAUCAUAUCAAUGAGUUUGAAGAAUGAUGGAACUGUGUUAAUGGACCAGUCUCUUGGCCGUAAACCUUUUCACCUUUUCUCUCUUAUAAUAAUUUGUAAUUUUAUUUUCUUUUUUUGAUUGCGUGCACUGAAUUUAUAUGAUGACUAUGGUCGGGAGAGGGCAUGAGUGUUCAGGAAUGUAAUUAGUAAAUUAUGCCUCGACUUGUUUC